CUAGAACCACCGCGGUUGCCUCGCCUCGUUCACGCGUUGGGCUUUGACAUCCACUUCGCCGCGCAGGCAUUUACAUCGCCCAGUCUCUUAAUCUUCUUCAUCUUCGUCUCAGCCUGUUGAUCAACUCGGUCCACUACCGCAUCAGUAACUGCCAUUCAAUCCUUCUCCUUCUCCGCCUCUCUUUCGCUAUCAUUCCGUCCUACCAAAUCCAGCCUCAAAGCCUACCUCCCCCGCCGCUCACUGGUACACCUUCCGCGCAUUCAAACGCUCGUUGAGCGCUUCUCUCUUACAACCUCCAGUCAUGUCGGUCUCCGUCGAAGAGCUUGAUGCCACCGUCAAGGCUUUCCAAGAGGGCAAGGGUGAAGUGCAGAAGCAGGCCCAACAAAAACUGAACGAGUUCAAGUCGAACCCAGAUGCAUGGUUGAUGGUGGACAAGGUCCUGCAAGAGUCUGCAUACAUGCCAACAAAAUAUCUUGGUCUUCAGGUCCUGGAUGAUGUUGUCAAUACUCGAUGGAAGGUUCUACCUCGAGAGCAGUGCCUGGGAAUCCGGAACUUUGUGGUCAACCAGAUUCUGCAGGCUUCAGAAACUGAGGAAUCUCUCAAGGCCAACAAACUCUUUCUCAACAAGCUGGAUCUGACUCUGGUCACAAUUUUAAAGCAAGAGUGGCCGCAUCAUUGGCCGACUUUCAUCAACGAAAUCAUCUCCGCAUGCCACAGUGGCUUGUCAGUGUGCGAGAACAACAUGACCAUUCUGCGACUAUUGUCCGAGGAGGUCUUCGACUUCUCGCAAGACCAGAUGACUUCCUCCAAGGCCAAAAACCUGAAGACUACUAUGUGCGCCGAGUUUUCGUCCAUCUUCCAGCUCUGCAAUGAGGUCCUCACAACAGCCACCGACAUCAGUCUGGUCAAGGCAACUCUAGAAACACUGCUACGUUUCUUGAACUGGAUUCCUUUGGGCUUCAUCUUUGAGACGAAGCUCAUUGACACUCUGGUGACACGAUUCCUGGAAGUCGACCAGUUCCGCAACAUUACCCUUAAAUGCUUGACUGAAAUUGGUGGUCUGCACCUAGGCCAACAAUUUGAAUACGACGACAAGCUUAUCCAGAUGUUCACAGAAACUCUGACAGUGGUGUCCAAGACCAUCUCGCUCGAGACAGACUUUCGUGAAGCAUAUGCAAAGGCUAAGCCAUCAGAACAAGAAUACAUCCUCAAUCUGGCCAUCUUCCUCUGCAAUUACUUCUCAGCACAUCUUCAAACCAUUGAGCGACUACCAAACCCGGACUACUUACUGACUGGCCAUUUCUACCUGAUCAAGAUUAGUCUGAUUGACGACAGAGAGAUUUUCAAGAUUUGCUUGGAAUACUGGAACAAGUUAGUACAAGAACUGUACGAAGAGAUGCAGCAACUGCCAAUCACCGAACUCAACCCGCUCGUCAGCAUGGGGAUCAGUGGGCUGGCGAACGGUGGUGCCGCUCAUCCCAGCACGCUCGCCAAUUACCCAUUGCGGAAACACAAGUACAGCCAAGUUCUAACGAGCCUGAGGCAAGUCAUGGUAGAAAAGAUGGUGCGCCCUGAAGAAGUUCUUAUUGUUGAAAACGAUGAGGGAGAAAUUGUCCGAGAAUUCGUCAAGGAAAGCGACACGAUUCAACUCUACAAGACCACCCGUGAAUGCCUGGUGUACCUCACGCAUUUGGACGUUGUUGACACGGAAAACAUCAUGUCCGAAAAACUAGCACGACAAGUUGACGGUUCCGAGUGGUCUUGGAACAACUGCAACACUCUAUGCUGGGCGAUCGGCUCAAUAUCCGGUGCAAUGAACGAGGAGACCGAGAAACGAUUCUUGGUCACUGUGAUCAAGGAUCUGCUUGGCCUCACCGAGAUGAAGCGUGGCAAAGACAACAAAGCUGUCGUGGCCAGCAACAUCAUGUACAUUGUUGGACAGUACCCUCGCUUCUUGAAGGCUCACUGGAAGUUUUUGAAGACAGUGGUCAACAAGCUAUUCGAAUUCAUGCAUGAGACCCAUGAAGGUGUUCAAGACAUGGCUUGCGACACAUUUAUCAAGAUUGCAAACAAGUGCAAGCGACACUUUGUGGCUCUACAACCUGGUGAGAGUGAACCUUUCAUCGAUGAAAUCGUCCGCAACAUGCAGAAGAUCACUUGCGACCUUACUCCUCAGCAAGUGCAUACCUUCUACGAAGCCUGUGGCUACAUGAUCUCCGCCCAGGGCCAGAAGAGCGUACAGGAUCGACUGAUUGACAAUCUCAUGUCGCUGCCAAACCAGGCAUGGGACAAUAUCAUUUCUCAGGCGAACCGCGACUCGUCCAUUCUCCAAGAUGGCGAAACCAUCAAAGUUAUUGGUAACAUCAUGAAGACCAAUGUCGCUGCUUGCUCGUCGAUCGGCACGUAUUUCUACUCUCAAAUCGGCCGCAUCUAUCACGACAUGCUCAACAUGUACCGAGCGUCAAGUUCGUUGAUCUCAGACGCCGUUGCUUCUGGAGGCAAUGUUGCGACGAAGACUCCCAAAGUCCGAGGUCUCCGUACCAUCAAGAAGGAAAUUCUCAAGCUUGUCGACAUCUACGUGCAAAAGGCUGAUGACCUCCAAAUGGUGAAUGACACAAUGGUACCGCCACUGCUCGAUGCUAUCCUGCUCGACUAUCAGCGCAAUGUGCCUGACGCUCGAGAUGCCGAAGUCCUCAGUGUGACGACUACUGUUGUGCACAAGCUACAUAACCUGAUGGAGGACAAAAUUUCACCGAUCAUGGACGCAAUCUUCGAAUGUACCCUUGAAAUGAUCAACAAGGACUUUCACGAGUAUCCCGAGUUCCGAGUCGAGUUCUUCAAGCUUCUACAAGCGAUCAACUUGUUCUGCUUCCCGGCGCUUCUGAAGCUCGACGGUCGACAAUUCAAGCUGAUUAUCGAUUCGUGCAUGUGGGCGAGCAAACACGACAACCGCGAAGUCGAAAACACCGGCCUGUCAAUGUGCCUGGAGCUUAUCAACAACAUGGCCGAGACAGACCCUCAAACAUCGGGCGUCUUCUUCCAGCAAUUCUUCAUUCCCAUCCUGCAAGAUGUCUUCUUCGUUCUCACGGAUUCGGAUCACAAAGCUGGUUUCAAAUCGCAGUGCAUGUUGUUGGCUCGCAUGUUCCAACUGGUUGAAGCCAACAAGAUUUCUCAGCCCUUGUAUCAGAACGGCCAGGCAGCUCCAGGUACUUCCAACAAACAAUUUGUGACCGAAUUUACCGCCAACCUCUUGCGGACUGCUUUCUCCAACCUCCAGGAAGUUCAGAUCCAGCAUUUCGUCAGCGGACUGUUCACCCUUAAUGAGGAUGCAACCAAGUUCAAGACUCAUUUGCGAGACUUUUUGAUCUCACUGAAGGAGUUUGGUGGGGACAAUGCCGAAUUAUAUGCCGACGAACGCGAACAGGAGAAGAAGGAUCUUGCCUCAGCCGAGCGUGAACGUGCCAUGAAGGUCGGCGGUCUUAUCAAGCCAGCAGACUUGGACCAGGAUGACGAGCUGUGACUAGAAGAAGAGUUACGGACGGAAUUCGCUGUACGUACGGCAGAGGACUCUCAGCCCGUCGCACCUUCCGUGGAACACUAUGCCAUGGAGCACCCAGACCAAGAAGAAGCUUUCGAAAGUGGUUGGAUGUUCUACAAGUGCUAGUUGCGGCGACCGCGUGGGUGCCGGGUGCUGGUGCAUGUUGUUUGCCUUGGCUGAGCCGGCUGCGAAGCAUGAUCCGAUGCCGUUGAGAAAUGUGUAAUGUUUUCUUGGGCUGUGUUGAGAUACCAAAAAGCAUGGCCUUUUGGCAGGAUAUUUACUAGAUGAUGGCUUGACAGUCUCGGAUCGGGCAUGAUUUUUGCGUGCUUAGAGUCUCGCAGCGGUCAGUAUUGGUGUUCAGCUCAGGUCAAUGCUAGCAAAUAGAUGGUGACAUCGCCAGCCACAGUCCACUCACGAAACCACCGACUUUCUCUGGCCCUAUGCAGUAGUUCAGAAUACCCGAUAUGGAAGGCGCUUGCUAUUUGAUCG